AUGGAGGAUGAUGCUGCUUCUGUUGUGACGUGCUCCGGGUUUUCCUCUGCUCCAGACUCAGAGAAGUGGAGCUCUCUGCAGGAACAGCACGGGAACAACGGUUACGACUGCGCGUUAAAGCUGGGCCACGACUCCGUGAAGCUGAUCAAGUUCGCGGACGACACCACCCUCAUUGGACUCAUCUCCGACAACGAUGAGUCCGCCUACAGGAGGGAGGUGGACCGGCUGGUGUCCUGGUGCAGUGGAAGCAACCUGGAGCUGAACGCCCAGAAGACAGUGGAGAUGAUUGUGGACUUCAGGAAGAGCACUGUCCCCCCGCCCCCACCCUCCGUGAUGGGCACCACCAUCACCCAGGACCUCAAGUGGGAGCCGACCAUCAGCUCCCUCAUCAAGAAGGCCCAGCAGAGGAUGUACUUCCUGCGGCAGCUCAGGAAAGCCAAGCUGCCUGCACAGAUGUUGGUGCAGUUCUACACGCCCAUCAUCGAGUCCAUCCUCACCUCCUCCAUCACCUCCUCCAUCACUGUGUGGUUCGCUGGAGCCACAGUCAGGGACAAACAGAGACUACAGUGCAUUGUGCGCUGUGCAGAGGAAGUGAUCGGCCGCAGCCUUCCAUCGCUGCAGGACCUCGUUGUCCUCGGCGCGGCCCGCUGUUCCAGCGAUGAGAGCGUCAAAGACGCUGCUUGGUCCCCAGACUCUCCGAACUGCUCCGCGCUCGCGACCUCCGCCGUUGCCAUGGUAACGCUGGAAGCGCGUGUAGACCUGGUCCCAGCCGUUGAUGCAGCAGCCGUUAGUGCGGCCCUCUCUUCCACCAACGAGCUGCGUCUGAUGGGAGCCUGCACCUGUUUUGAGCAGAAAGAUGCAGGGCCUGAGCGAGCUGAGAACAUGAGCGCAGGGCAGCAGGGGUGCAUCAUGUUCUCCAGACGCUGCAAACUAGGAGCAGGGGGAGAGCGUUGA